ACCAGAUCACCCCGUUCCUCGCGACAAAACAUCCAUCACAAUGGCCAAGGUUCAGAAGACCCUCCACUCCUCGCGGCGCAAGUCCCGCAAGGCGCACUUCGAGGCCCCCUCGAGCAUCCGCCGCAACAUCAUGAGCGCCCCUCUCUCCAAGGAGCUCCGUGAGAAGUACAACGUCCGCAGCAUCCCCAUCCGCAAGGACGACGAGGUCCAGAUUGUCCGCGGUAGCAACAAGGACAAGGAGGGCAAGGUCACCUCGGUGUACCGCCUCAAGUACGUCAUCCACGUCGAGCGUGUCACCCGCGAGAAGACCUCCGGCCAGUCCGUGCCUCUGGGCAUCCACCCGUCCAACGUCGUCAUCACCAAGCUCAAGCUCGACAAGGACCGUGAGGCCAUCCUGGAGCGCAUCAAGGUUGGCCGCGAGGCUGGUGCCAAGGGCAAGGCCGCUGCCAAAUAAGCGGCGUCGAUCUUUUAGAUUGACAACGCUCCCGCCCAACAAAAAAGUAAAACUUUUACGGAUGAACCAUUGAGCGCUUGUGGGGAGGAACUCGGGGACGCACAUCAAAAACAGCACAGCUUCUGAUGGGAACAAAACGCGCACGCACGAUUCGACAAUGCGAGACCGACUCCUCGAGCAUUCGUCAAUCGAACAUCAUUUGGUCACGGUCUCGGCGUCACAACGGUACUGGAGGGGAAAAUUGGAAUGGUAGCAUAAGAACUCGAAUGCAAAACAAAAAAGGAUAGAGCCUUCGUUGCUCAAUGGCCAUUUCAC